AUGUCCAAGGGACCCAAGUACAUCCUCCUCUCCCUCCCUAGCUCCAUCACCCCCUCCCACCACCGUGACGAUGCUCUCGAAGCUAUCAGCAAGACCAUCACCUCAGAUAAUGGCACGGUCAUCCCAUUUGCCAUCCCAGAGUUUAAAAUCGGGACGCUGGAUACGCUGGUGCAGCAGGCGGACGAGCUGGCGAGGCUAGAAGCCCUGUGCCAUAACGUCGUGGGCAAGGUGGGGGAUGUUUUGAAGAAUGUUCUGGAGGGGGAUGAGGAGCAGAUUGCGAAUAUGAAAACGGUCAAUGACAGUAUGGUGGCGGAGAUUCCUCUUUUUUGUUUCUUUUGGUAUCUAAGGACGUUUCAGUGGAAUAAGGUCAAAUACCGGGCAGAGAGGUCAUUGGCAGAAUUGAUUGAUUUGCUUCAAAAGGAAGCCGCAAGCAUCGACAAUGACGUUCGAGCCAAGUUCUCACAAUAUACCCAAGGAAAAACGACACUUGCUGCACUCCAACGGAGACAAACGGGCACAUUGUCCACCAAAUCCCUCGCAUCUGUCGUUGAUCCCCGCGUCCUCGUCCAAGACUCCGAAUACCUCGAAACCCACUUAAUUGCCGUCCCUUCACGAGACACAAAAGAAUUCCUACGAACAUACGAAACCAUGUCACCCAUGGUCGUCCCUCGCUCUUCAACGUUUGUCGCUUCAGAUGACGAAUCCACCCUGUACGCUGUCACGACGUUCAAAAAGCACAGCGCUGAAUUCAUCCAUAAGUGUCGGGAACACCGGUGGAUACCUAGAGAUUAUAAAUAUGUUGAGGGUAACGAGGAGAAGGAGCGGAGGGAUCUAGAUAAAGCUAAUUCCGAUGCACGGCGGCUUUGGGGCGAGACAUUGCGGCUUGCAAGGACCGGGUGGAGCGAGGCUGUGAUGGCUUGGGUGCAUGUGCUUGUCUUGAGGGUGUUUGUAGAGACGGUGUUGAGAUAUGGGUUGCCGCUGGACUUUGUGUGCGCAUUGAUAAAGACCACAAACAAACAAGCACGAAAAGCAAAGAGCCUCCUCGACGACUCAUACUCGUACCUAGCGGGCAACGCCUUCGGGCGUGAUAAGAAAGGCCGUGUCCAAAAAGAUGAUCCUCUGGAUAUGCAGCAUGUCAGCGGAGCAGGUGAGAGCGGAGCAGGUGAGUAUACCGCUUUUGUAUAUUACGAGAUAGACUUCGAGUGA